CUGAUCUGCAUCACAGUGUUCACCACUUCUUGUCGAUGUAGUCGGCACCAGCAAGCUCUCCCUCUCAUCGCAACCCAUCACCCCACAGCAUGGCGUCCGAACGCACACCCCUUCUCUCCUCGGCGGGGAGCAGCACGCUCGCCUCCCCGUCCGUGGACACCAGCAAGUUUGUGACCCCGCCCCUCCCCGCCGUACCUCGUAGCCCGCAGGCGGCUGUCCACUUCCGCAGCCGCCCGCUCAAAGAGACCAUGACACGCACUCGCCUCGUUGUCAUUCUCGCCGGCAUCUGGUCCUCCAACUUCGCCUUCGCGCUGCAGUCAACCGCGAUCCCGACGCUCGCGCCCACCAUCGCAAGCAGUUUCCAACACGCCGAGCUCGCCGCCUACCUCGGAAGCGUGUUCACGUUAGCCAAUACGGCGGGCAUUCCCGUGUAUGGCGUGCUGAUUGACGCACUGGGCCGGCGCUUCGCCAUGCUGACGGCGUGCGCAUUCUACGGCGUCGGGAGCGCCGCGUGCGCCGUAGCGCCCGGGAUGUGGUGGCUCGUGGCCGCGCGCGGCCUCACGGGCCUCGGCGGGGGCGGACUGCUUACCGUUUCUGCUGUGAUCUGUACCGACCUCGUCGCCCUACAUGAGCGCGGGUUCUACCAAGGCCUCAUGAUGACCGUCUUCGGGGUUGGCGCUGCUCUCGGCGGGCCCACCGCCGGCCUCCUGGCUGAUCGCUACGGCUGGCCUCUGGCCUUUUGGUCGCAGUUGCCCGUCGUCCUGUUCUGCGCUACGAUCGUGUCCCUCUUCCUCCCCGAGCCGCCCAUCCCGCCUACGCACUCGUCGUUGCUCCACGGCCUCCUCUCUCUGGACUGGGCCGGCGUCUCCCUCCUGUUGGCCAGCACUGCCUCCCUGAUUCUCGGGCUGAGCUUCCACACAUCUUACUUCCGCCCAUGGUCUGACCCCUCCGUCUGCGGCCUCCUCGCCACCUCCGCUGUCUCUUUGGGCCUUUUCGUGUGGACAGAGAGGCGGGCGGCGCGCCCCAUUGUCCCCAUGAGCCUGUUUAAGACCACCCAGCUGCGCGCGAUCUGGUCCUCGGCGGUACUGCUCAUGGUCGGGUCACAGGCGCUUCUGUUUCACGUGCCCACCUACUUCGCAGUACUCAUGGACAUGCCAGCUUCCGAGGCUGGGUGGGUUCUCAGUGUGUGCUCCGGCAUCGGGCUGAGCACCGGCACCCUUUUGGCUGGAUACCACAUCCGCCGCGGCGGAAGAUACACCGUGCUUGGUGUGGUAUCGCUCUUCCCCUCCAUGAUCUCUGCCUGGGUUGCAGCCGCAUGGCGCCCGGGAUGGCCCAGUUGGGCAUACUACGCCACUAUCCUUCCGCUGAACACGGGCUACGCCGUCUUCCUCUGCGUCUCUCUCAUCGCCCUCAUCUCGUCCGUCGACUCGCAUGCCAUGCCCAAGGCCACCGCGUUGCUGUACACGGUGCGCUCGCUCGGCGCGACCCUUGGCGUCAGCCUGGGCGGUAGUAUCCAGGUCGGUGCUCUGGUACGCGCGCUGCGACACCGGUUCAGCGACGUGCCUGGCGGAGAAGGAAUUAUCGACGCUGUCGUGCACAGCAAGGCGGCGAUCAAGCAAUUGCCGAAGCGGUACGCUAGAAUGGCCCUGGACGCAUACGCUAUCAGCCUGCGCACCGUGUGGAUCGCCAGUGGCUGCGUCGCUGUCACGGCGGUGGUUUGUGCGUCUUUCAUCCGGCAGAAUGAGAUUCACAAGGGAGACGAAUCAAGAGACACCGGAGGAGAGGAGGCGGAGGGUGAGGAGGCAUCGGCGUGAGACGAUCUCAAUAGAGCAGAGACUAGAUGUGAAGACUGAUAGAGACUAUCAGGGCAUCCUCCGUCCGCGCGUCGACGAGCGCGCUGGAUGCAAGGGGCACCAUACUCUUCACGCACAAGUUUAGACUCUAUGAGAUGGUAGGAGGGGCGUGGCCGGAUCAGUGGCCUUCUGGUUACCGGCUGGACUCCGAACAUCCGAUACCGGUC